GUUCUUGGUGGGGAAUAAGGAUGGACUGUUCGAGAGAUCACAUGCAUGAUCCUUUCAGUUUGAGCGUGCAAUGCGGUCCAGUAGGGGCAGUUUCUGUCUGCACCUCCCAUUCAGACGAGGACGUUGACUUGGGAGACAUAUUGAGCUUCACAUCUGAGGCAAGCGCUGAGAAGCCGCGAUACAUUGGUAGGCGAGGAUAUCUUAAGAGCAAAGAGGAAAAUCCAGAGACCAGGUCCUUGAUCUUGAGCUUGGAGAAUCAGGUGCCGAUACGCAUAAUUAGAAGCUACAAUUUAUCCAAUGAAUACUCGCCAAAGACGGGUUAUCGCUACGAUGGCUUGUAUGUUAUCGUAAAAUGCUGGAUUGGUGUAUCUCCGGAAACAGGUUUAAAGUGCUAUAAAUUUGCACUGAGACGACUUCUACACCAGGAUCCCCCACCCUGGAAAUUGCAGACUCCUUGCGACAGAGGCGUUGAACCAGGCGCCAAUACCAAUGAUACGAUUAUAUCUCGAUGUAUUUCUAUGAAGAAGUUUCAGGGCAGAGAUGGGAAAAUGUCGCAACUGCACGCACCUUGCAACGAUAAUCUGAGUAAAGCUACUAAAUCUGUGGAGAAAGAGAAACAAAGUUUAUCCAAAGAAGAAAGAUCCCCAGUCGGAAGAGCAGGUAAUUCGAGCAGACCCGAUAUCACGACAACAGUGACAGUUUUACCAGGUAGAAAAACUGUCUCGGACGAUCAUACAAAUGUUCAAGGUAGCACGAUUGUUACGAGACGUGUAUCCAAAAAAGCACCAAACAACAAACCCGACAGUAAACAACUAAUUUCUGAGUCCAGUAACAAACCGUCCAGUGAAAUACAGCCACGAAACGAACUGGGUGAAGAAGAGAGAGUAAAGUCUCAGGGCACGCGACUCCAGAACACGAACAUAUCGAUUCGAUACGAUUUGUACGAUUCUUCUCACAACAUUAAGCAGCGUGGUUCUAACAUCGCGACUUACAGCGGCGGCGGAAGUGGUGGGUUCAAACCGCGCAUGCACAUUGUUCCUACUAGACAGCUCCACUUCGCAGGAGUUGAUUCGUCACCCGGCAGCAGUAGCCGGACGAUUUCGAGUGUGAAAAUGGAGCGAGUCGAGUCAAUCGGCGGUAUGAAGAAGCUGAAUCUUGACGAAGUUUGUAAUGAAAGAGAAAUUUCGUCGCUGACCCAUCAACAAAACCCGCAAUUAACUGUGGAACACUCAUACGCUACGCAAUUGACAGAGGGGUCGGAACUGCACGACGAAAAGGUUGAACAAAAUCGUCAAAGUUUUGUAAAUAAGGCGAUGAAUGAAAGGGAAGCGCUUCUGAAACCUCGGCAAAGAGAAAGGAGAAAUAAGAAAAAUAGUCGAGAGUGUGAAUCUCAUAUAUCGUCUUCAAUCGAGGAGACAGAAGUGCGAAAAACCGUUGGUGCUUUGAAUAGAAUUCAAUCAACCGUCAACGACAAUUCUCCUUCUGAAGAAACGUUGGCUAGAAGAAAGCUUAGGGAUGUUUCGGUCCCUUCGCCUUCUGAGAGUCCACCAUUCAAGGGAUUCGUAUCGGCCAGGAACAUCGAUAGGAAAACAUGGUCCGAAUCCAUGGAAAUGGCAAGUUCGCUCACUGUUGAGAAAAUGCUGGAUAUAAUAACGGAGGAAAAGACUAGUCCAAUGGCAAAGAUGCUAAUAAGUACUGUGAUUGGAUUCCCCCAUGUCGAGACCCUUCCUGCCUGCAACAAUAACAAGGAAAGCACACUAACGAAUGUCCAUUAUGAAGAGCUGGAUAAUUCGUCGCAGAUAGCGACAAAUCGGAAUAAAACUGGAGUCCAAACUGCCAUCAAUAAACGAACACCGUUGAGCAUGAAAACCAGAUCCUGUGCUAAACUUUGUGAGCAAACAGCAGCGAAAACUGUUCAAGAAAAAGAAACAGUCCUUAAUGUAUCCAGUGAAAAGUUGAAGAUGGUCGACAAAACUGUAUUGUGUUUGGAAAGAAUCGGUAGUAACUAUCUGCCGAAACUGUCACGUUCAAGGCAAUUCAGAUGCCUGGAUAACAGCAGAGAGCAAAACAUUAUCGAAAUAGUUUACACCGGCAAAGAUUCGCUCGGAAAUCAACAAGUGGUGGAUGCAAAUUUGAAUCAUACACACAGGUUAAGGUCUAGCGGAAAAGUAGAAAUCAGCGAAAAGCCAAAGAUUAAAAACCCUGAUAUCAAAGCUACCGAACAACCGCACAUGCUCGGUAGCAGAGCGAGAGAAGUUCGCGUCCCGAGUAACGGAAAUCGGCGAUGGCCUGACGCAGUGGAUGCCAAUGCUGCUAAUUAUACAGUAACGAAGCGUAAAAGCGGAUCUGAGUUUUGCAGAAGUCAUGGAGAAGUUGACGCAUAUGAAACUGUUCCAAGAAUAAGCGAAAACCAGGAAAAUAACACAUUGAGCAGCGCGAAGUCGGUUGAUACUGUCGACUGUUCAAAAAUAACGAAAGAUUCGAAUAUACAAUUGAAAGACCAGAUUCAAACGAACGGCUGCUUGAUCGGCGCGAGGAAAUCCUCAAUGUCACAUAAGCCAGAAUUUGUCGAAAGAACAGACGAUUCUUGUCUUCAAAAAUCUCCGCGCAGCGAUCAGACCCUUGUGACAGAAUCAACUGAGAAAUCUAACAGCAAACGAAUUUCAGGUGACAAAGUGUCGAAUUUUCGGGGAAAUCUGAUUUCGGAAAGGUUGCAGGAAUCCAAAAUAACUUCUCAAAAUUCUGAAGCGCGUGAUACCACUGCAGAUUCGGUAGCUCGAAACUUUACUGGCGAUAACAAUAAGCUAUCGAGUCUUAAACCGCUUGGAGGAGUUACGCGUUCCAAGGAAUCUGGGCUGGUAUCCAGGAAGAAAGAUAGAUCGCCGGAAAAGAUCAGACUGGCGAAAAGGCCGAGAGUUCGUGUCAAACACAAGCUGGAAAUAGCAAAUUUAGUCAUAGACAUGAACAUGAGCCCCAGAUCGCAAAUCUCUAAAUCAAGAUCGGGUCGAUCGCUGAGGGGCGUAGAUUACUUACGUGGCGGUAGAAGUUGCCCGACUAUCCUGGAUCAGUCGAGGAAACGAAGGAACACCGAGCCCGUUCAGCACCCGACGAGUUUGCCAAAGCGAAUGAGUAAGGAUGCCCAGAUUCCAAAUUCUUCUGUCCGAAUUACGGGUGCAGCGAAUUCCAUGAAGGAGCUUAAACUUCGGAAGAAGUCGGAAGGGGAGAAAUCACUAUCAAAUAACAACAACAACAACAACAACAGGGAUAUUAAGAACAGUACUUCGAUGCGACGGAUCGGUAGAACAGAAAAAAUCGUCACAAAAAUAAAAAAACCAAUGAAAGCUAAGAAGUCUAACAUCGUUACAGCGAGGAGAGCGAUAGCAGACAUACCGAAGAUGAUUCGUAAACAAGAUUUGAUGGUAAAGGCCAAGAAACAGCCCAGUGAAGUAGCUUCGAGACCCACGAGGCGAGAGGCUGUGACCAGAACGCGGAGCGGAAGAAGUCCCAGAAGUCUGACCAUCGGAAGACUUUGUAUUCGCAGACCGUUGCCUCAGAGUGGCGAAACCUAUGCGCUACAGACGAAGAAUCAGCGGGAUAAGAGUGAGAGAGUGGUUAAACAAAAUUUAAAUCCUAGUAAACAGCCGCUGCCUCAGAGAGAGCCAGCAAAAUUCGCGCAGCUUAACUGCAACGUCGAAAAAAGAUCAGCUGAGGUGCGUACGAAGUCGAAAAUGAUCAGCGUCAUGGUGCAGUGUUCUCUUAUUCCAAAUCCUCCAGAAUCUCCUAUCUGCAAUCUCGAUGCCAACUAUCGCUCGAAGAGAAACAGUCCAUCAGAUACAAACGUAAACACUGGAUAUCUGAUCAGUGAGUACAUCGGUAGUUCGUCUAAUUCUGAAUCGAAAAGAGUGAAACACGAGGUGAUCGAUUUGAUCGAGAUCAAGUCGGAGAGCGGCAGCGAAAACGUCGUCGAAUGCCAGUUGGACGACGACGAAACUGACAGGGUCGAAAAUUCAGUCCUUCGAAUAAAACCUUCAACGAGUAAUCGAGCCUUUGCAAAGUCUGAUCGCAGGGAAUCGCCUCUUGAUUUGGCAGGCCUCCACGAUCAGCAAAGCAAGGAUUCGCUUUCGAACAGAGGUUUCGUACGCUACGUUCCAAGCCGAAAACAGUCGACCAUUGUCCCGGUGAAAACAGCGGAGUUAAGCUUCAGGAUCGCGCAGCUAGAGUCGAUCGGAUUCAAGCCAAUAAAACCUGGGAUUCAUCCCGACGACGAAUCGGAACACGGGCGGCGAAGCACCAGCGAUAGUCCCAGAAUAUUGUACGUGAGCAGGGUCGUGAAACGAGGCGUGAACGAGGAAUACGACAAGUAUACAAGCGAAGAGACUAACGUCGUUCAGUACAUGGACAGUGAGUUGUCCUACGAGGACAUAGAGAACGAAGAUAAAGAUUUCUACGUUCAAAAAAUGGAGUUUGUCAAAUUCGGGGACACUAUAGACGAGGAAAGUGUUCAUAUCUCAGAGUCGCAUGGUGAAGAGGAGGAAGAGGAGGAGGAGUUGGAGGAAGAGGACGAGGAAGAAGAAGAAGACGAGGAGAACGUCAAGGACGACGAAGAACGGGAGGAGGAUUUUGGACGUGAUCUUAAAACGGAAUGGCAAUCUCAGCUCAACGAAGAUAGAAACAGUUCCAAUAUCGACGAUCACGAUCAGUCGGCUGCCGAUUCUGAUGGCGACGUACCGCCGUGGCACGGUUGGAGGAAAAUUAUUUCCAAUAAAGAGACUCAUUUUGUCGGAUGGUAAAUAACUAAAGUCUGAUACUUUGGUUGCAGUACAAGGAAAAAAAAACAAACAAAGCCUAACUAAUCCGGUAGUCAUUUGUGCCCCGGAAUGGCUUUGCGCUUUGCUAUUUUAACACUGAAUGCGGUUUAAUACUACAAAAAAAAUGAACAAAGUGUACACCAUAAGGGUUUUUGUACAGGUGAUGAAAUUUAUUAUUCAAAAUGUGGCCUUCUCGUCUAUCGCAGAUCGAAUUACUCUUGCGGCAAAAGACGCGGUAUCUGUGUCAACUUUUCUAUGGUUUUAAGGGAAACUUGAAAGAAAAAUAUAUGUGUAACAAAUAAACUAUCUUGCACGUCUUCGGCUAUUCUUUUAUUAAAAUUUGAAAUUAUGGAAUUCUAUAAGUAUGUUGGGUUAACUGAGCAGAAUUUUUCACUCUAAAUUUCGUUCUUUAAUAGUGUAUUGAAAAAUGAAUAUUAUUUUGGAUUGAGCAUUGAAUAGUGCCUUCAUUUUAGUACAUGGUGAAAAGUUUUGGCAAGAAUUUAUGUACAGUAAAGACUUUAUUCUUUUUACUUCGUCUGAUACAAAUCGCUGCAGUGUCCGAUCAAAAUUUUUUUAAGCUUUGUUGUCAUCUUAUAUUACUAUUAUUAUUAUUAUUAUCAUCAUCAUUAUUAUUAUUACUAUAAUGAUUAUUAUUGUUGUUAUUAUUACUACUACUAUACAAAAAGUUUUUACUACGAUUAUUUAAAUGAUGCAAAGUUUAAAACACGUUUAAUACAGUAACCCGAUACUUUUUCCUGCAGUCUUGUACAGAUCUGAUAUUUAUUUCGGAAAAUGUUCAGGGUUAUCCUCUUCGUGUAAAUCAAGUUUACCGGAAGGGAGGGUGGGGGGGGGCAGCCACCAUCCCGAAAAACUCGUCUUAUCAAAUAUCUCGUGCAUCGUACAACCAAAACCGUAGGAUCCGUUCUUGUAGAUAAUAAAAUUCUCCACACGAUUUAUAAUUUUCAUAGAUUCACUACACAGAAUUGCCAUUUUUCUGAACAUUUUUUACCGUUUUAUGUGUUAUAAAAAUUUUUUCCGCGUACUACGAGUAAUAUUUCCAUUCAUCUGCAUUCGCGUGACGAAAUGUUUAUCGCGAUGCGGUUCUUAUGGUCUCAA